UAGAAUAGUACCAUCAGACCAUUCACCAUCCACUACGGAAAAUACACAGAACAACAACGGUGCCUUUGAGGUGUCUGCCUGCGGUGCGGUUAGAUCACCACCGCCUGAGAUCCCUGCCUCAACCAUGGAUUGUUUAAAGGAAACAACAUACGCAGAAUACGUACUCAACCUGUCCCUAUAACAUAAUGCUCUUUCUGCUGUUGAUCACCAUGCUUCUGAACCCAUUCCGACCAUGCGAGGGCUCGCCAAUCUUCCAAGAGGAAUAUCGGGCCAGCUACGUACCAAAUGUUAUCAAACAGGAUAUGGCCACCAGGUUGUGGCGCCGGAUACUCCAUACGUGGCAGCGGCCGGCCCAGACAAGUUAUACUUCUUCGACACCCGAUUCGACCCUGAGACUGCAAAGCACGUGAAGGAACAAAUUUAGAAGGCAACUGGGCCGAACCCAGAGCUCAAACUGCCUGAGCAUGAGCCCGCCGGUGAUUGGUUGGUGACCUACGACGUGGACAACAUACUUAUGAAGCGGGAUGAUAUGUUGGCACUAUCCAGCAACCACGCUCUGAGCGACCACCCUGUUCGUCUAAACCCCGCGCGUUUAUCACACCCAGAUUCAUCGACGUACACUAUGUGAUACGAGUGAAAUCCGGUAGGUUAUGCAGAUUAUAUUCCCGCAAAUCUGGGCUUUGCUCCGGCUUUCUGUUGAGCCACCUUUUCCGACCAACCGUGAGACGGCUUGCUGUAGCUGGGUGGUAGAUAGUCUUUGUUAGCAGAGUCAUCUGAGUCUGGGAACUCUGGACUCAGAGGGCGGUAUUUAAGAGGAGGUAACAAGUUUAGGCAGAACAAACACGCU